AUGUUUCGUUAUCUAUGUACUUUAUUUUAUUUUUUAACUUUAUACUUGAUAAUAAUUGAUGCAAGAUCAAUAGAUGAAAACGAUAUUAUUGAAUUAAUUGUUAAUAAUCUUAUAAAUGAUGAAAAUCAAGAAUUUUUAAUAACACUUGCAAAUUAUCGUCAUCGUUUUGAACAUUCAACAAAUAUGAAAAAAUUUCGUUGGAUACUUAAACAUCGAUAUAAUAAAGCUUAUUGUGAAUUUUGUGAUUUAGUUGUACCAGUAGUUCGAUUACUUAUUGAAGCAAAUCAAACUGCUCAUAUCGAAAAUGUUGUUAAUGGAUUUUGUAAAGAAUUUAAAUUAAUUGAUAUCGAUGUUUGUAUUGGUGCUGUUCAUGAAUAUAAAGACGCAGUAAUUGAAGUAAUAUCGUUAUCGAGUUAUAAUAACAAACAACUUUGUGCAUUAGCAUUUGAUUGUUAUAAACGAUUUGAUUAUCCAAUUUUAACAUGGAAUGUUACAUUUCCUUCUGAUAAACCCAAACCACUACCACAACCACCACGACCACCAAAAGUAAAUUACCAAUAA